AUGAGCGACCUGGACAAGGCCAUUGCGCAACUGCGCUCCUGUCGGCCCAUCCCCGAGACGCAGGUCCGCGAGCUCUGCUACAAGGCCAGGGAGCUGCUGAUAGAAGAGGGCAAUGUCGUCACAGUCAAUGCCCCUGUCACGAUAUGCGGCGACAUCCACGGCCAGUUCCACGACUUGAUGGAGCUCUUCCGUGUCGGCGGUGAUGUUCCUGACACAAACUACCUCUUCAUGGGCGACUUUGUCGACCGCGGCUUCUACUCUCUCGAAUCCUUCCUCCUCCUCCUUUGCCUCAAAGUUCGCUACCCUGACCGCAUCACUCUCAUCCGCGGAAACCACGAAUCAAGACAAAUCACUACUGUCUACGGCUUCUACGACGAAUGUCUACGCAAAUACGGCAGCGCAAAUGUCUGGCGAUACUGCUGCGAAGUCUUUGACUACCUCGCUCUCGGUGCCUUGAUCCUUGGUGCUUCUUCAGAACUCAGUCCCACUUCUGCCGAGCUCCCACAAGACAUCCAACAACCCUUUCCCGAGUCUCUCGAAGACGUCGAAAUCGAGAUCAUCAACUCACACAACCAAGUCAUGAAUCGCUUCCCUCGCCCGAAACCCUCCACCGAAUCCUCCGUCCCCAACAGUCCUUCAAACACUGGUCCUGCUGGCACAGGCGCAACAUCAUCAAGUGGUGGAUCCGCUUCGAAUCAAGGAGGUGCCGUUCUAUGUGUUCAUGGCGGCCUAAGUCCCCUGAUCGACAGCAUCGAUAAGAUCAGAUUGAUUGAUCGAAAACAAGAGGUGCCCCACGAAGGCGCUAUGUGCGAUCUAUUGUGGUCCGAUCCUGAUGACAUUGACGGCUGGGGUCUGUCACCAAGAGGAGCUGGCUUCCUGUUUGGUGCUGAUAUCGUCAAGCACUUCAAUCACAAGAACGACUUGAGCUUAAUAGCUCGCGCACACCAACUGGUCAUGGAAGGCUUCAAGGAAAUGUUCGACAACACAAUCGUCACUGUUUGGAGUGCGCCGAAUUACUGCUACCGCUGUGGAAACGUCGCUGCAAUCUUGGAGUUGUCGGAAGAUGGAGCCAACGGUGGAUAUACACCACGCAGCAACGGCGAAAUCGAGAGGUCACCAGGUGUUGUCACCGACAUGGUACUAAAACAAGGGCCAGGCCGAAGGUACCGUGUCUUUGAAGCAGCGCCGCAGGAUUCUAGAGGAAUGCCUGCCAAGAAGCCAGUUGCCGAUUACUUCUUGUAG